GAAUCAUAUGUCUUAUGGCUCAUUAACAUGUAAAUUAACUCAUUACACAAAGAACUUCAUAAAGUUGAUUUGAAUGGAUUGUCAAACUAAAAUAACUUUAAAAAAUUCAUAAUAUACUUUAAGCUUCUUUGUUGUUAUGUUACGUCAAGUCAUUAAGAUUCUCAGAACUGAUGAACUACCAUGGAUCCUUUACUAUAAAAAAUUGAUGAUGCAGCAAAAGUAAUAUUUGAGUCUUAAACUUUUAUUCAGUUAAAAAAGAUUCCAAACUCUUUCCUCAAAAAUCUUAAUUAGUGAAUCGAUUUUCACAAUUCAGCUCCUGAACAGUUUGCCAGUUCUUUCUCUCUCUGUGAGUUGAACUAGUCCAGUCCUCAGCAAAGCAGCAGAUUUGAUAUUUUUUGCACAUCAUCAUACAGGAAUGUGUGACCCUUGUGUGCAACAGCGUGCAGGAGUCACACACAGCCCUGCACCCUGUGAAAAAUAUUAUCUUUAAUUUCCAGCAAGUUUCAAUCAGAUUACAGAUUCAGCCUUAAGCUCGAUUAAACAUUUAGAGGUAAUCUGCUUACAAGUUUAGCAUUUAGCAUCGACUCAAAGAAGAGCAAGCUGAAUAAUCCGUGAUACCGUUUGCACCGCGGUCCAUCACAGAGCAAAAACAUUGCACAAGAGCAGAAUCUGGCCAGUUGCUUCUUCUCUGCAGAUGUGAAGAAGUACGUGUUCCUUCUUCACACUUUGCCCUCGGGCCUUCCCAGUUAGAAAUAUGCCUCUGUGUACCAAAGGGAGGAGGGUGGCGGGGGUAAGCCUGAGUGUAUCAUUCUUGCCUCCCUUCCUCACACCGUUUUCUUUCUCCAGACACGCAGACUUCACGCAGACAGUUGAGGCCUGUCACUCUGAGGGUCUUUGUUUUGACACGCUUUUAGGCCUUUCGAAGAUUGAAUGCAGAUAUGUGUUGCUAUGCAUGCUUUCCCAGGGAAUGUGCACGUCAUUUAGGAGGUAUUAGUAAAUUAAAGACCACCUUCACUCAGUUGGAAAUACGCUCAAAGCUUUUCACGGCACACAUUUAAUUAUAGUGCUUAUUGAUGCAAUUGUCCCCUGAUAUAUGAAUCUAAAAACUACAGUGAUUAUCUUAAAUAUUUAACCAGCAUUUCAAAUGAUCCUGUCCUCCGUUCAGUCGCUGGCUGCUUGUUCUAGAACGGUUGUGGAAAGGUUGCAACUCACUGUAACGUCGUGGGUCUCCUCAAUGUUUGUUAUAGAUUUUUCAGUAGUUUCAUGUCAUUUAACAAAGCAUGGAUGGACUUUGGUGGAAAAUGUUCUUUGUUUAGAGGCGCAGUUCUUGCCUCGCCUUGUUUUGCGUAUGCAACUCCACUAGACAACAAGAGAACACGUUUGUUUGCCAGGUUUCUAUUUGAAAUUCACCACUUUCAGGUUAAUUACGAAAACAGGCUCAAUAUUCACGCAAACCGCGAGGACUCCUGUUUGAUUUGUCUGCUCUGACUCAUCCACUUCAUGCACAAUAAAGCAAAAGCACCGUGUACUCAAGCAUCUGUUAACUAUUAGUUCCACUGAUAUGACACAGAGGACACGAGGGGAAAUGUUUCAGUCUGUUCAGUCAGCUUUUGGACAUAAUAAAACAAAUCUCUUGCUGAAGAACUCCCGUGACCUUUAUGUGGAGACUGUGGUGGAUAUAAGUGCUGAUGGACUCUUCUCUGCAAAGCAGCGUGGAGGUUAAAGUGCAAGCAAUGUGCAUCACCAAUCAACAGCUCUGGGACUGGAAUGUUAACCAACCUGACGUUUGUGUUCAGCAGCUGCUCUGCACCUUGACAGCAUUUUGCAGAAGUGUUUUCCACAGCGUCUUCUCGCUCUUUUAGUAUUGAGUUUCUUCAUUCUCGAUUGGCAGCUCCAGAACUUUUUAAAAAUGUAUUAUGAAAGAUGCAAUUACCAUCUAAUCUUACAGUAAAAAUAAGAAAAAUUAUUCCUGCAAUUUCAUCCAUGUCAUCAGGGAAUGAUGUGUUCUUACACAAGUGAUCUUUAAAACUGCAGCUGCAGAAGCACACAGGCGAGAAACACUUGUGCUUUUGUGACAUCUUUAAAUCCGUUUAUUCGUCAAUUUCACUUUAGGGUGUAAAGGGGGCCAGAAAUUACACAUAAUGAACAACUACGGUGCCAACAGAGCCGGUCGAUGUGACCAAAACGGUCACAAGCCUGCGUCCCCUGUGUGUGUUUAUGAAAGCAGUGCUCUGCUUUCGCCAUCACAACCCCAGAUUGGACCGUUGGUUUUGCCAGCGAUGUGGCAGUUCUCGCCUUGAGUGUUUUAUAUACAACUCCCUUAAAUAAACUGAUGGAUGAAGUGCAAGUUUACCACAUGUUCUCCAUGUGAGCUGGAGCUUCAGUGUCGAAGUGCAGCUUUAGGAUUCAGAAUGUUUCUUUUCGUUACGGAGAGUGUAAAUUCUCUCAUUAUUGUAUGCAUUCACACAUCUGCCAGCUACUGCCUUACAUGUUUUACAUGCAUGUGAGACGUGUCAUGUUCGUAUUUCUUAAAAAAAAGUAUGUUUUCGAGUGGCUGUCAUAUGUUUAAAAAUGGGUCAAAAGUGUCAGGACGUUGAGGUCGAUCCUAAUCUCCAGCAAAUGUUGAAUUCCCCUGAACAUUAACCACCGACCAGGCAAAUUCAUCUGAUCAUUAACCAACUUUUGAGCAUCAUCUAUUUCAUAUUUUCCAUGUUUGACACUAUGUUUGCUUUGUGCACGUCACUUUACCUGUGUUGCGUUUUCUCUCUCUCUAGGUUGACUGGUAAUGAACCGUUGUCUGUGCUGCCACUGAAUUCCCUACCAGAAGAGUCUAUGGGCAGGGCCCACUUCAAGCUUUGUGACCGUCUCAAAUUGGAAAAGAAACAGCGCAGGAUGUGCAGACGAGACCCGGGCGUGGCCGACACCUUGAGGGAGGCCAUAAUCAUGAGCGCCCUAGAGUGCCAGCAUCAAUUCCGCUUUGAGAGGUGGAACUGCACCUUGGAGGGGCGCCACCGAGCCAACAUACUGAAAAGAGGAUUUAAAGAAACAGCCUUCUUGUACGCCAUCUCCUCAGCGGGGCUGACACACGCCUUGGCCAAAGCGUGCAGCGCCGGACGGAUGGAGCGCUGCACGUGUGACGAGGCCCCACACCUGGAGAAUCGCAAGGCCUGGCAGUGGGGAGGCUGUGGAGACAACCUCAAAUAUGCCAACAAAUUUGUCAAGGAAUUUCUGGGCAAACGCUCCAACAAGGACCUGCGUGCACGCGUGGACAUGCACAACACAAAUGUGGGCAUGAAAGUAAUCAAGGCUGGAGUAGAGACCACUUGCAAAUGUCAUGGCGUCUCUGGCUCCUGCACCGUCCAGACCUGCUGGAGACAGCUCCUGCCCUUCCACGAGAUUGGCAAGCAGCUGAAAAUGCGCUACGAAACCUCCGUCAAGGUCGGCAGUUCCACCAAUGAGGCCACCGGGGAGGGGGAGAUCUCCACCGGCCGCGGCCAACAGCAGCCGCCGCCGCCGCAGUCCCUGCCUGGUUUGAGUGAUCCAAUCCCACGCACUAUGGAUCUGCUGCACAUCGAGGACUCACCCAGCUUCUGUAAAGCCAGCAAAUACUCAUCGGGGACAGCAGCCCGCAAGUGCUACAAGGACAAAAACUGUGACGCUAUCUGUUGCGGGCGAGGCCACAACACGCAAAGCCGGGAGGUGACUGGGCCCUGCCAGUGCCAGGUGCGCUGGUGCUGCUACGUUGAAUGCAAGCAGUGCACACAGAGAGAGGAAGUCUACACCUGCAAGGGGUGAAGCUGCAGCAAGCAAAGUCACAAAUGGUUAAAGACGACUGUUCUCACGCGACGUUCUGCUUCCAGUGUUGGAACGUUACGCAGAAAAAAAAUUGACAAGCAAGCCUAAAAGCAAUAAGCACUUUGAGGGAUGUUUGUGGGUUGGGGGGGGGAGCUUAGGGGUCCUGCAACAUGAAAACUUUCUCAGACAACUGGGUCACCUUCUCAAGCUUUUUAUCGCAGCAAUGCUUUGAGGGGAACCACAUGUAGAAAAACAACCAUGAUGCAACAGGACAGUCACAUUAACAGACUGAUUUAUUUGGCCUUGCCCAGAGAGGUGCGUGUGUGUGUGUGUGUGUGUGUGUGUGUGUGUGUGUGUGUGUGUGUGUGUGUGUGUGUGUGUGUGCAUUUGUAAGAGUGUAACCCCGGUUUUCCACUGGCCGUGAAAGCGGUCGUGUAACGUAAUAGCGGCGUUCCACCCGCGAGCUCAAUCCCAACCGGGAGCAAUUCUGACACGAAACGGGAGUGAAAGCAUCCCACACAGCUGAUCCCGUGAUGUCACAAAAUCACGGGAGAAUUGCAACACCACACGUGAUUUCAGACGUUCACACACAAUAAUAAACAAGAAAGAAGACAGCUGCAUCCAUGAAAAAAUGUCUGUGGGUUAUUUUCUGUUUUGUUUAACACAUUCACAGGAAAUGACAUACUGCACAUUACCUUUAUUUUGAAAGUUUCCGGAUGUUCUACGCUGCUUGUGUGUUUGACUUCCUGUCUGGCUCGUGUUAAACUGUGGAGUUUGACGUGGUUUGGAAGCGUAGCACGUCCAUAAAAUAGACUCGAAAUGUAACGAUAGCAUGCCCUCGCUUUUGGGGCGCGUCCAAAACUUCCCUCGUCGCUGCCGGUGGAAAGGAACACGUCCACUAUAAUGGCAGCUAAUUGCCGCGUUGUGUGUUUCACGGCCGUUUUGCGGCGAAUUGACGUGCAGUGGAAAGAAGGGGUAAGAAUGAGGGCAAUCAUGAAGAGGAAUCAAAAGUUUGAGUGACAAUUUUCAUGAUGAUAAAAAAACAAAACUGCUUCAUAGAGAAAAGAAAUAAAAGACAGAGUGUAAAAUUUCAUUUACACGCGCAUAUUUACACUGCCACACAUGGUGUGUUGCAUAUUAUAUAUAGAUAAAAACAGUUAUAUUAUUAAACAUGCCACUUAUCUAAGUAUGUAAAAAACAAACCACUAAAACACACAAAUGUUUUAUUAUUUGUGUGUUGUUGCUCGUUUUUCUUUCCUGAUUUGUUUUGACAAGCCCCGUUGGAGAGCAGCACACUUGUGUGGAUAAUUUAUAGAUCCUUUGGGACUACUUUACUCGGAGAAAAACUUUUUAGUUUUUUUUUUCAAUAUUAUAAUGAAUAUGAAGCUGUUAGUUUAUGUGGUUACAAAAAGAAAACAACUAAACCGUCGUUUAGGCUAUUCUUGGCCUUGAGCAAAUCAGUGUUCAGGGAAAAUAAACUUCAACCACUAUCUUUUUGGAUACAUAUGAAAGAAAUAGUUUAAAAAGCUGGAGAUGACAGUGGUCUUUUGAUUUAAGCCAACGGUAUUGCAGCAGCUGAUCUGCAGACACUCUUCAUGCUGCUUCGAUAAGAAUUUAUGGAGCUCUUUGCAGCUUUUUAUGAGUUUUUCUGCUAUGAAUUUAUAUAGAAAACUGUGGAGAACUGUAGGAAUGUAACUCCCUAUUAUUUCAGACCAGUCUUUGCUCUUCAGCUGCCAGCGCUUAAUUGAGCCAUUUCGUGCAGGAGAAAUUCAAACGGCACGAGGACAGCUGAGACUGAAAUCUAACUUGUGUUCAGGUGUGUGCAAGUGAAGAUCCACAUUUAUGCCUUUUAGCUAAUGUGAGAGUGAGAGUUGGACUCCGCCAAGGCUGCCCUUUGUCUCCGAUUCUGUUCAUAACUUUUAUGGACAGGAUUUCUAGGUGCAGCCAAGGUGUUGAGAGGAUUUGUCUUGGUGGCCCGAGGAUCGGCUCUGCUUUCUGCAGAUGAUGUGGUCCUGUUGGCUUCAUCAGAAUGUGAUCUUCAUCUUUCACUGGAGCGUGAAGCAGCUGGGAUGAGAAUUUGUGACCAUGGCCUUGAGUUGGAAAAGGGCAGAAUGCCUUCUCCAGGUCAGGGAUGAGGUUGUGCCUCAAGUGCAGUGAGUGUGAGAUCGACAGGAGGAUUGGUGCUGCGUCUGCAGUGAUGCGGGCAUUGUACCGGCCUUUCGUGGUGAAGAGAGAGCUGAGUCAGAUGGUGAAGCUCUGGACUUACCGGCCGAUCUAUGUUCCAAAAGAAUGAGAUCAUAAAAUGAGUUUUCUCCGCAGGGUGGCUGGGCUCUCCCUUACAGAUAGGGUGAGAAUCUCGGUCAUCCAGGAGGGGCUCAGUGUAAACCCACUGCUCCUCUACAUCGAGGGGAGCCAGAUGAGGAGGCUUAGCCAUCUAGUUAGGAUGCAUCCUGGAUGCUUCUUUGUUGAGGUUUUCUGGGCCCACCCAACCAGGCGGAGACCUAAAGGAAGACCCAGGACAUGAUGGCUGGCCAGGGAACACCUUGGGGUUCACCCGGAGGAGCUGGCCCUAGUGGCAGCAGAGAGGGAAAUCUGGGCCUCCCUGCUUAGGCUGCUGCUACCCCGACCCGACCCUGGAUAAGAGGAGGAAAUGGAUGGAUUGAGCUAAUAUGAACAACUUUUAUGAGACUAGAACUUAUGUGGCAGACCACGAAUUGAUGUUUGUAUGCCAAAAAGAGGAAUUGUAGCUACUGUCUUCAUUGUGAAGUCAGUGAAAAUGUAUUUUUGCAUGAGAUCAUUUGCCUUUUUCUAUUGUUUUCUUGUUUAAAGUGACUCAGUUUUCAUACAAAAUGCAGUAACAGUGACACUUUAGGAACAAAACAGUUUAGCAUCAAAUGAACAGUAUUUACUUGCUUUUUUUUGAGUGAAAGAAACAUCUUUUUGAGGUCUGUGUGAUAAAUACUGUCGCUAGCAGAAAUAGAUAACUCUUUCAACAUUUUUUUUUCAAUUUUCAGCAAUUAGACAAAUCGAUUUCGGAUUGGUGUGAAUUAACUACUGAGCGAGGGACCCAGCUUUGUAUUAUAGCAUCAUUCACGCACUGACGCCCAAAAGCCCUUUAAAGUAUUUAAAGAUCUGUAUUUAUGGAUACAGUUCAGUGCAGAAUUUAUUUUAUUUUUUUAUUCUUUUAUGUAAAUAGCAAAGGUUUCUUCUCCUGUGGUAGAGUCAAAAUUGAGGCACAUGCUCAAAUGUCACACAUUUAAAACAACCUGAUGUGUUGAAACAAUAAUCGUUUUAAUGGAAACAUAUAAAAUUUUGACCGUAGGAAUCGACUCUGGGAGGAAAUCUCCCUUGAAUUCCAAACAUUUAGAUAUGAGAUGGCACGCCAAGGAAAAACUGGUCAAAACGUAUACAUAGCUCUUUGCACGCUACGUGGAAACCAUAAUAAGUAUGCUGAGACCUAGAGCACAAAUGCUUGCUCCCCAUACCUUCUGGUGAGUCUCGGCCAAAACACGGUGAGGUUCUCUGCUGUUUGGAUUUGCAACAGAUAUGACACAAAUCCCAGACAGCAUUCAUGCAUAUUUAGUUUGUACAAAAACCUGUAAAUUUCUCCUGAAAAUCAGGAGGACAAUGCAGGAAUAGUUGAUAUUUAGACCUCACAGUCAUUAAUUAUCUCAAAUAUCUGCACUGUGUCAGAGGAUCAUUUACAAAAUUAUAUUUUGUAGAAAAGGAAUAAAAGAUAAAUUAUUUUUAAAUAUAUUAUGAGCUUAUGUUUCAUGUAAAUAAGGUCAUAAAGUGUAAUAUUCCCCAUUUUUGUAUCUGUCUUUGUCUUGGUGUUCGUUCCUCUUUGGGGUGGAGGCUUCAAAAAGCAGCAUAUUUUAAAUAAAUAAUUUUUAUCCAAGCACUCCUAAAAAAUGUUCAAUCGACUCACUUCUAGCUGUUUCUGUAAAUCACAUUCAUCUAAAUGUUUCAUAGGAAUUGAUCUGUAUUUUUAUCAUUCUGUGAAAAUGUUUUAACUUUGUAUUUUUAAGUCAAAACAAACAUAAAACUGAUAAAUACAUCUCUCUGUGCUUGUAAAUGAGAGAUGAAACACACCAACUGUUUAUUUCAUUUUCUGUUUUCUUUUUAUUAUUAUUAUUAUUAUUAUUAUUAUUAUUAUUAUUAUUAUUAUAUAAAACCAGCAGAUUUUUGUUCAUGUUCACCUUUUCAUGUCUUAUGGGAACUCUAAAUUAUUUUCCUCUACCUCAUGUGUAUAGCUUGUAGGUAUAAACAGAUCGCGGAAGACUGGUAAGAAUGUAUUUAAGUUAUUUAACAUCUUUGUAUAACAAAGGCAGAAACAAACAAAAAAAAUACCCUGAAAUAAUAAAUGAAUUUUUAAUUUUU